GUUCACAGUUAUGGCGGUGUCAGGGAGUCGCAAGGAUGGAGUACAAUCCACAUCUUGAUAUCUGAUUUUUCUCGUUGACUCAGGAACGUGUUACCACUUUUCCUUGAUUGUUACAUACUACUCCGUAUUAUUCCUGCAACGAUGGCGGGCCGAGGCGUGGAUAUGUCAGCACUACCAAAAGAGGUCAGGGACCAAUUGGCGGAGUUGGAUUUGGAGCUGUCUGAAGGUGAUAUCACUCAGAAGGGAUAUGAGAAGAAAAAGACUAAACUUCUGCUUCCCUUCUUCAUGCAAACACCAGUAGAACCUCCCCCCCCUGCCUAUGACGCACAUGCUCCUGGUCCUAGCAACGCCUCUGGCUCCACCCAUGUCAGCGCUCACACACAGGCUCCUCCCUCCAGCUCCUCUUCUCGCUACCGCGAUCGCCGCUCCCGACGACCGCACCGCAGCGGAGGGACCAGGGAUGACCGCUACCGAUCAGAUAUCCACACAGAGACGGUGCAGGCUGCGUUGGCCAAACACAAAGAGGAGAAGAUGGCACUGCCCAUGCCCACCAAACGCCGCUCCACCUACGUCCAGUCGCCCGUCAUGAACUGCACCCCACCAGGUAGCGUAGGACUGACCCCCUCAAAUCAGCCUGACUGCUUCUAUUUCCUCAGGAACAGCCUACACUCGUCGUCAGGUUCAGAGAAUGAGAGUGCUCUGCUGAGGCAGUCGUCAGUGGGAGCCGAUUUGGAGGCUCUGGACACUCCCUCUCUGCUGCAGCCCCCGGGUCUGCAGAGCCCUGACUCCUGGAUCAACCACUUUGUCCAAGGCUCAUCCACCUCCUCCUCUGCCUCCUCCACCCUGUCCCAUGGAGAGGGCAAGCCCCAGCCUCAGCCAUCCCAGCCCCAAGCCCAGCCCCAGUACAAGCCCCAGUACAAGCCCCAGUAUCAGCCCCAGUAUCAGCCCCAGUACCAGCCGCAGUACCAACCACAACUACAGCAUCCAGUCAUAGCUGACAUGCUGGCUCACGCACGUAUCGGCCCUUCAGAGAACAGUGCCCCCCUCCCAGAUGUGACAACAGCGGCCCCCCAGGCCAGGGACUUCUCUCAGGUGGACCGGCCCAACAACCCUCCCGUGGUCCGGGGGAUGAGCCGCGGACAGAGUCACUCCGGCAUGAUGGAGACAGCCGACGGUGUCCCGGUGAACAGCAGGGUGUCCACUAAGAUUCAGCAGCUGCUCAACACCUUGAAGAGGCCCAAGAGGCCCCCCCUCAGUGAUUUCUUCAUGGACGACCAGGAGGAAAUUGUAGAGGUACCUCAGCCGGACCCCAACACCCCGCGGCCAGAGGGACGUCCGAUCAUCCCAGUGAAGGGGGAGCCCCUGGGGGUGGUCAGUAACUGGCCCCCUGCCCUCCAGGCUGCCCUGGUUCGCUGGGGGGCCACACAGGGCAAGAGCCCCGCUCUCACCGCCUUGGACAUCACUGGCAAACCCCUGUACACACUGACAUACGGAAAGCUGUGGAGCCGCAGUGUGAAGCUGGCCUACACCCUCCUCAAUAAACUGGGGCCCAAGAACGAGCAGGUCCUCAAGCCUGGGGACAGGGUGGCUCUAGUGUACCCUAACAGUGACCCUGGGAUGUUUUUGGUGGCCUUCUAUGGCUGCCUGCUAGCUGAGGUCAUCCCUGUCCCUAUAGAGGUACCUCUGUCUCGCAAGGAUGCAGGCAGUAGUCAGGUAGGCUUCCUAUUGGGCAGCUGUAGUGUGAGUUUGGCUCUGACCAGUGAGAUCUGUCUGAAGGGACUUCCCAAGAUGCCCACCGGAGAGAUUCUACAGUUUAAAGGCUGGCCUCGGCUAAAGUGGGUGGUGACAGAUUCCAAGUACCUCACCAAACCUGGCAAGGACUGGCAGCCCCACAUCCCUACAGCAAACACUGACCCUGCAUACAUAGAGUACAAGGCUAGUAAGGAGGGCACAGUGAUGGGUGUGGCUGUGUCUAAGGUGGCCAUGUUGACCCAUUGCCAAGCACUGACCCAGGCCUGCAACUACUGUGAGGGUGAGACACUAGUGAACGUUCUGGACUUUAAAAAGGACAUGGGCCUGUGGCAUGGAGUUCUCACGAGUGUAAUGAACAGGAUCCACACCAUCAGUGUGCCCUAUGCUGUGAUGAAGGCUUGCCCACUCUCCUGGGUUCAGAGGGUCCACAUACACAAAGCGCGCGUUGCCUUGGUGAAGUGUCGUGACCUGCACUGGGCCAUGAUGGCACACAGGGAACAGAGGGACAUUAGCCUGGAAUCACUGCACAUGCUCAUCGUUGCUGAUGGAGCCAACCCCUGGUCGGUGUCAUCCUGUGAUGCCUUCCUCAAGGUGUUCCAGAUCCACGGGUUGAAGCCAGAGGUCAUCUGUCCCUGUGCCACCUCCCCUGAGGCCAUGACGCUGGCCAUCCGCAGGCCGGGGGUGCCGGGGACGCCCCUCCCAGCCAGGGCCAUCCUCUCCAUGGGGGGUCUAAGUCACGGGGUCAUCAGGGUCAAUGCGGAGGACAAGAACUCUGCCCUCACCGUCCAGGACGUGGGUCACGUGAUGCCUGGAGCUCUGAUGUGUAUAGUGAAGCCUGAAGGGCCUCCUCAGCUGUGUAAGACAGAUGAGAUAGGGGAGAUUGUGGUGAACUCUCGUGCCGGAGGCAACAUGUACUAUGGCCUACCAGGAGUCACCAAGAACACCUUUGAGGUGAUUCCUGUCAAUGCUCUUGGUGCUCCUAUUGGAGAGAUUCCCUUUGUGAGAUCUGGACUCCUAGGCUUUGUAGGACCUGGCAGUCUGAUAUUUGUGGUGGGGAAAAACGAAGGCCUGCUGAUGGUGAGUGGGAGGAGACACAAUGCUGAUGACUUGGUGGCCACAGCACUCGCCGUGGAGCCUGUCAAGACUGUGUAUCGCGGAAGGAUUGCGGUGUUCUCUGUGACGGUGUUCUAUGAUGAGAGGAUUGUGGUUGUAGCAGAGCAGAGGCCAGAUGCCAGUGAGGAGGACAGCUUCCAGUGGAUGAGCAGAGUACUGCAGGCCAUUGACAGUAUCCACCAGGUGGGUCUGUACAGCCUAGCCCUGGUACCUGCCAACACGUUACCCAAGACCCACCUGGGAGGGAUCCACAUCUUUGAGACCAAGCAGAACUUCCUGGACGGCAACCUGCACCCCUGUAACAUCCUCAUGUGCCCCCAUACCUGUGUCACCAACCUCCCCAAACCACGGCAGAAACAGCCAGUGGGUGUGGGUCCAGCCUCCAUCAUGGUGGGGAACCUGGUAGCAGGGAAGAGGAUAGCCCAGGCAGCAGGCAGGGAUCUGGGAAUGAUUGAGGACCAGGACCUGGUCAGGAAGCUCCGUAUGUGGCCUACUAUCAUGCACCAGUUCUUGUCCGAGGCUCUACAGUGGAGGGCAAAGACUGAUCCAGACCACUGUCUCUAUGUGCUGCUCAAUGCAAAGGGUCUAGUUGUAUCCACAGCAACGUGUGUGCAGCUGCACAAGCGGGCGGAGAAGAUUGCAGCGGCUCUCACAGAGAAAGGCAGCGUCAACACCGGGAACAACGUGGUGCUGCUCUACCCUCCUGGUAUUGAUCUGAUAGCCUCUUUCUAUGGCUGCCUGUAUGCUGGCUGUGUUCCUGUCACUGUCAGACCUCCUCACCCACAGAACCUGGCAGCCACACUGCCCACUGUCCGCAUGAUCAUUGACGUCAGUAAAGCUGCCUGUAUCCUCACCACUCAGAACCUCAUGAGGAUCCUGCGCUCUAAAGAGGCCGCAGCCACAGUGAACAUUAAAACAUGGCCGACAAUCAUAGACACAGAUGACCUACCUCGACGUAGACCCCAAAUGAUCUAUAAGCCCCCCACGGUAGAGAUGAUUGCCUAUCUGGACUUCAGUGUGUCUACCACAGGCAUGCUCACCGGGGUCAAGAUAUCCCAUGCGGCAGUCAGUGCUCUGUGUCGCUCCAUCAAGCUGCAGUGUGAAUUCUACUCCUCACGCCAAAUAGCCAUCUGCCUAGACCCUUACUGUGGCCUGGGCUUUGUACUGUGGUGUCUCGCAAGGUCACACACACACACACACAGGGUGUCUUUAUCUCUCUCUCAUACAAACAUUUUGAACUCAUACCUUCUAUUGUUUCCUGUGUGUAGUGUGUACUCAGGGCACCAGUCCAUCUUAAUCCCUCCUCUGGAGUUGGAGAGCUGUCUGCCCCUGUGGCUGAGCACCCUGAGCCAGUACCGGAUCAGAGACACCUUCUGCUCCUACUCUGUCAUGGAGCUCUGCACCAAGGGGAUAGGCACGCAGACAGAGAUACUCAAAGCGCGGGGGCUGAACCUGUCAUGUGUGAGGAGCUGUGUGGUGAUAGCAGAGGAGCGUCCUCGUCUGGCCCUCACCAUGUCCUUCUCCAAGUUGUUUAAAGACCUGGGCCUCUCACCCCGCGCUGUCAGCACAGCCUUCGGAUCCAGGGUCAACCUUGCCAUUUGCAUGCAGGGCACCACUGGACCGGACACCUCCACUGUGUAUGUGGACAUGAAGUCCCUCCGCCAUGACAGAGUGAGGCUGGUGGAGAGAGGAGCCCCUCAGAGUCUCCCUCUGAUGGAGUCUGGCAAAAUCUUACCAGGAGUCAGGGUGAUCAUCGUGAACCCAGAGACCAGGGGACCUCUAGGAGAUUCCCAUCUAGGAGAGAUCUGGAUCAACAGCCCUCACAGUGCCAGUGGCUACUAUGCCCUCUAUGGAGAGGAGAACCUGCAGGCCGACCACUUCAACACCAAGCUGAGCUUCGGAGAUCCCACGACCCUGUGGGCCAGGACUGGCUACCUGGGCUUCGUCAAGAGGACUGAGCUACUGGAUGCCGCUGGGGAUCGUCAUGACGCCCUGUUUGUGGUGGGUUCCCUGGAUGAGACUCUGGAGCUGAGGGGGCUGCGCUACCACCCUAUCGACAUCGAGACAUCUGUGUCCCGGGCUCACCGCAGCAUUGCAGAGAGUGCGGUAUUCACAUGGACCAACCUACUGGUGGUGGUGGCUGAACUGAGUGGCUCAGAGCAGGAUGCCCUGGACCUGGUGCCCCUGGUCACCAAUGUGGUGCUGGAGGAGCACCACCUCAUUGUGGGCGUGGUGGUCAUCGUGGACCCGGGGGUCAUACCCAUCAACUCCAGGGGGGAGAAACAACGCAUGCACCUCCGGGACUCCUUCCUGGCUGACCAACUGGACCCCAUCUAUGUGGCCUAUAAUAUGUGAAGGGCCAGGGGGAUAGGCUGGUUAUUGUAUGAUGGAAGAGAUUCUGGCUGGUGGAAGAAAGUGGUUUGGACCAACCUACUCCACAGACAGACAAUGCAUAUUGUACCAAAAGGUGGUACAACUUGACUGUAUUUGACUUGACUGUACUGUUCAGCCAACCACAAGGUUGGCUGACCUUGACUGUACUGACCCUUGGGGAAACCACAGCUCUUUUUGGGGUGCACGAUGUUCAGAUCUUAGGUAUUUUGCAUUCCAGGACUGUUGGAUUUGAAGGGGGCACUCUGUUGUGUUUUGAGACGUACACUGUGUUUGAAAAAAUGAAAAGAAAAAAAUAUAUAUAUAUUCACACCCGGACAGAGUGAGUGUGUCUACACCAAACACAGCUGUUCAACUGGAACUGGAUGGGAAGAUAACUCUAAUCUCGCCACACCCCCUACUACCCUCCUGCCAAAUCAAACACCUCAACAGCCUGACUGGCCCUCUAUUUGCACAGCGUGUCAGGGAGUAUUCAGGUGCUGAAGUCAAUCUUAACUCUCCCCACUCCUCCACACUCCAAUCAUCUGUGGGGUAUUGUGAGGGGCCAAGGGAUGAGGACUUCCUGUCUCUGGUGACAUCAUUUUCUGUGGUUGAGUGAUGUGUACAAAAUGCAUCCAUUAUAACUGUUUCUCCUCCCAAAGCUUUCCAGGUCUUACUCAGUCCUUGUUUUCUUAUCCGAAUCUUUGACUUAUUCUAAAUUGCCAUAUUUGUACUGUAUUCACGCACACAUUCACAGAAACUCACACCGGUGCUUGCUUCACCCUGUAGUGGCCUCUUAUCCGUGCACUUUGAGGUAGGGGGUUAUGAAGGAUGUGUGAAGGUAUGUUAGAACACUAAUGAACAUAUUAGCUAGACCAAUCAUCAGCUGUUGAUUUAAUUUAUUCUGUCAGUCAUCAUGUACUGUACUUACAUCACAGGUGUAUUGCUUGAAGUUUUACAAAGGCAAAAUAUGAAAUGGAACACAUUCUCACCUUUCUUGAAUUACGUUUACUUCCUGCCUUAUAAAACUUUGCCCAUACAACUUUGUUUUUCUCCAUUGCUGUUCUUCCAGUUCAUAACUAUUUGUGUUAUUGGGGUGAGAAUCCUGAUUGAUAUCCAAAGGGAUCUUUUGAGUAGAAGCUAGAGGCCAUUUACUGUACUGUACCCAUCAAGACCUCUGUAGUUUCGAUAUACUGUAUAGAUAUUAUUCUUUUAAAUGUGUGUAUAAAUGUGGGGAAAAAACUCAACUCAUCCCUCUCACGUGAUGGUUGUCUGGAUAGCUAACAUACUUGUGAGCAGAUGGUAGCAAAAUAAUAUUGUACAUACGAAUUUAACACUAAUCUUGCACUUUCUCCAAAAAUGUUAUAUUUUUUCAUGAUCCAAUUAUGCACAUUCCUCGUGUUCAAGGAGCAUAUUAAUUGUGAGGAAUACUUUUUGAGGAAUCAGAGUUCACUAGGGAUUAGCAGAAAGGAACUAGCUAAUAGGGUCAGGAGUUUCCCCAGGUCAGGUCCCAUCCGGCUCGAAGGACCAUGAAAACAACGCCACCAUGAAUAAGGUUGUCAGGGAUUUGUACGGUCAGGGAUAACUACUGCCCCCAACCAGAGAUUGCUUUGAUGUUAUGAGCUUGGGGAGAAUGAUUAAACCAAUAUAAAUUACUGUUGUUUUGUGUAAAAUUAAAAUAAGCUCUUAUUUUUUUUCUAUGAACCACCGAUAAAUGGGAUUAGAUGCAGGGCACUUUUCACUGACUGUCCUAGGCUGAGUGAUUUAAGAAUGUGAGCGAAAGAAUAUGGCAAUGCAACAUUUUGCACGUGAAAAGGUUGCCAAUUAGCAUAAUAGGACUGUAAUAUUUAAUGCAAUCAAACAUUGGUCACUGUCAUAGUGGCCAGGGUUGAAAAUGGAGUCCUAUUCAACUUUAAAUCACUAGAACCUGUUUUCCCCCUGUAAACUUAAAUUGCUUUUGUAAACGUCAAUAUUUUAUUAGCAUUUAAAGGCACAGUCCUGUGGAUGAAAUAGGAGGACAACAGCCACGAGUUUAGCUUUUGUUAUGUUCUCUUCCCCACACACAAUUUAUUGCACUCUGGGAAAAGCUUUCUCAUUUACUCUAAUCUUUAGAAGUUUUCACAUUUAUUACUAUAUUGUAUGCUCCUUUCUGUUAUGUGCUCCUCAGAAAAUGAUGUUUUAUUCUUGCAGUGGUAUAGGAGUCCAUGGUGAACUAUUAAUUUUCAUUGUCUAACGUGUAAAUAGUAUUUUAUUUAUAUAUUAUAUAUCUAUAGUCCGGCCUAAGUUUGAGGUGUUCGGAUCACAAAGAAGAACAUUCGUGAGAUGCAGAAAAAAUGAAAAUAUGCUGGAGGAUUGCUUGACACCAUCUGUCAAGCAUGGUAGAGACAAUGUGAUAGUCUGGGGGUGCUUUGGUGGUGGUAAAGUGGGAGAUUUGUCCUCUUGCUUUAUGCCAGCAGCAUAUGUCGUGGAAAAUCGGAUCAAAUACAACGCAUUACAGAACUUGUGAAAUCAAUUUGGCUUUUAAUACAAGAGUAUAGCAAGCCGGGAUGGUCCGCGGAACACACCGCUUUUCCAGAGCCCUGGCUCCAGUAUUUAUCCACAUAUUGCAUAUGAGCCCAUCCCACAUGCAAAUGAAGUUACAUUCCAAUCCGUGCAUCCUGCUUGUUCAGCUCAAUAAUGCCCAUACCUGCUUUCCGUCAAAUUAUAAUGAUGACAAGACCCUUGCUUUGUUCCUGCACUUAGCUAAAUGCAUUCUUUUGUUUGUGUGUUAUCUAUGAUCAGCAGACUAUGUGUCUCCUCAGUUUCUAGUGUGUCCAGCUAUACUAAAAAUACUAUACAUUCCUCUAUUUUACAGCCCUAUGCUUUGGCUCUGCACUUAGCUCAAUGUGUUCCUUUGUAUGUGUGUCUUUAUCUCAGAGCAACAGACUAUGUGUCUCCUCUGCCAUUCCUUCUGCAUCUCUACGUCCUAAAAAUAUGCGAACUAUGUCUAUUGGUCAUCAGUUAGUCAUUUGACUGACCCCCUCCUUUGUAUAUCCCUCUGGCCUUGGUAUGUCCAGCUAUCCUGGCACCGAUGUGUCACCUUCCCUUCAUGUAGUCUGUUUUUAGUGUUCAGCUAUUCUAUACAUCUUAUGCAUUUGUCUAUGUGUUAUAUUUGCUCCCACAAAUACCACCCUGCAUACCACUGCUGGCUUGCUUCUGAAGCUAAGCAGAGUUGGUCCUGUUCAGUUCCUGGAUGGGAGACCAGAUGCUGCUGGAAGUGGUGUUGGAGGGCCAAUAGGAGGCACUCUUUCCUCUGGUCUAAAAAAAUAUCCCAAUGCCCCAGGGCAGUGAUUGGGGACACUGCCCUGUGUAGGGUGGCGUCUUACUUAUUGUAAGAGUAGGGGUGUUAACCCUGGUGUCUUGGCUAAAUUCCCAAUCUGGCCCUCAAACCAUCAGUCACCUAAUAAUCCUCAGUAUACAAUUGGCUCAUUAAUCCCCCUCCUCUCCCCUGUAACUAUUCCCCAGGUUGUUGCUGCAAAUGAGAAUGUGUUCUCUGUCAAUUUACCUGGUAAAAUAACAGAUAAAUUAAAAAAAAAUGUAAAGGGGAUCUUGAAGAAGGAAGGCUUCACUCCAUUUUGCAACGCCAUGCCAUACCCUGUGAACGGCGCUUAAUUGGAGCCAAUUUCCUCCUACAACAGGACAAUGACCCAAAGCACAGCUCCAAACUAUGCAAGAACUAUUUAGGGAAGAAGCAGUCAGCUGGUAUUCUGUCUGUAAUGGAGUGGCCAGCAGUCACCGGAUCUCAACCCUAUUGAGUUGUUGUGGGAGCAGCUUGACCGUAUGGUAUGUAAAAAGUGCCCAUCAAACCAAUCCCACUUGUGGGAGGUGCUUCAGGAAGCAUGGGGUGAAAUCUCUUCAGAUUACCUAAAACAUAUUGACAACUAGAAUGCCAAAGGUCUGCUAGGCUGUCAUUGCUGCAAAUGGAGGAUUCUUUGACAAAAGCAAAGUUUGAAGGACACAAGUAUUAUUUCAUUUAAAAAUCAAUAUUUAUCAUCUUGACUAUAUUUCCAAUUCAUUUUGCAACUCAUUUCAUGUAUGUUUUCAAGGAAAACAAGGACAUUUCUAAGUGACCCCAAACUUUUGAACGGUAGUGUAUAGAUCUUAAAUAUGUGAGAAGUGUGAAUGGGGUUUGUCUAUAUUUAACAUUCAGUCAUGUUUAACAACACUGCUUAAAAGCUUGAAAAUAUGCAUUUUAUCAUAAUGUAUGAAUAAGUACACUGUGUGAAGAUUGAACUAAUUGCAGUACUGCACUGUACCAGAGAUGUGUGAGUUAAACAAUUACAAUGUUUAGAGAGAUGAGAUGGUUGCCAUAUGAUUUGAACCUAUCCAUGCAGAAAAACAAAACCAGUGACAAGUUAUAGUGCCAUAUCCUGCCUUUAAAUGUAUGUUAAAAGUUCACCGUAGAAUGUCUGCAUGACUCGGAGACCAAGCAACAUUAGGCAUCAGAUUCAAGCGAAGUUAGGCAUCAGAUUUGUGGGAGACACUUGAAAGAACAAUAGUUGGCUACUCUGACACCAGGGAAGGAAGGACUAGGUGGUCCCUCCGGUGCAGUCUGUGAAUAAUACUCCAUGUUUUGGAUGUUUUUCCCAGGACUUGCUUGUCAUUACUGCUAAGACUGCAAACAUUAAGAAGAGUAAAAGGGGAGUUACUCAGUGCUGCAAUCCAUCUAUGACAGGGAGGUCAAUAAGGGCUUCCUCUUCUCUCUGCUCCUGCUCUCUCCAAAAUAGUUUUUUAACACUAUGCAAUCAAUGGCCGUGCAAUUUAACCCCAAUUCUUACACAGGCUGGGGGAAAUGUAUUUUGUAAUAAAUAUACAAAGAACGAGGUCUUAAGUUUGACUAGUGAUAUUGUACAUAUAGCACUACACACCUCUUUAUCCAAGUUAAAUCAAUAUUUUGUGUAUGCACUCCUGGUAUGCUGUGUAUAUACAUUAUUUGCUUAAUAAUAGUAAAAAAAUCCAAUUGUGAUUUUGUUGUGGUCUGGGGUAAUUUAGCUCAUGAUAUAUUUUAGAAAUAAAGACUUGCUGAUAUUGUAUUAUA